UAAACGAAAAACCCUAACCUCUGCUCGAAACCUCUUUCUAGGGUUUUCUUAUCUCCAACUCUCCUCUCACCUUCUUCUUCUACUAUGGCGACGACGUGCUCUCUUCUAUCUCGUUUUCGUGCCAUCUGCACCCCCACCUCACGCCCCUUCGCAUAUCGGACCUUUUCCAUUCGCACCUGUCCGAUUCCGCAACUCCGGCCGCUCGUCUCCGUCAGCGAGGGCUUGCGUCUUGUGAUCGAUCGCCGAGGUGUCGCUGGCCGAUGUUUUUCGACUCGGUCGACAACCUCAUCCAUUCAAGAUCCGUCUCCGAAUUGGAGCAACCGGCCCCCGAAGGAGACGAUUCUCCUUGAUGGAUGCGACUUCGAGCACUGGCUUGUUGUUGUGGAGAAGCCCGAUGAGAAAUUGACCAGGGAUGAGAUUAUCGAUUCAUAUAUUAAAACACUAGCCCAAGUUGUCGGAAGUGAGGAUGAGGCAAGAAUGAAAAUAUAUUCUGUUUCAACCAAGCACUACUUUGCUUUUGGAGCUCUGGUCUCUGAAGAAUUGUCAUACAAAAUCAAGGCUCUUCCGGGUGUCCGUUGGGUUCUUCCAGAUUCUUAUCUUAAUGUUAAAGAGAAAGAUUAUGGAGGAGAGCCUUUCAUCAACGGACAAGCAGUUCCAUAUGACCCCAAAUACCACGAGGAGUGGGUUAGGAACAAUAGUCGUGCGAACGAGAGGUCGCGACGCCAAGAUCGGCCUCGCAACUACGAUCGGUCAAGGAAUUUCGAGCGACGUCGAGAGAACAUGCAGAGCCGAGAAUUUCAGAGUAGAGAAGCUCCUCCCAUGCCAAAUUUUCAGAACGCUGCUUCCCCUCCACAACCUGGACCUAACUCGCCCGAGCCAAUGCCUUCGAACCCGAGUUCCUUCCCUAAUCCAGGGCCCAACACACCGCCCAGCUACGGUUAUCAGGCUGGCCCGCCUCAAUCAGCACAACCCAGUGGCCAGGGUUAUCAGGCUGGGCCGCCUCACUCCGUGCAACCCAGUGGCCAGGGUUAUCAGUCCGGUCCGCCCAGCAGCCAGGGUUUUCAAGUGGGUGGGAUGAGCAGCCAAGCUUAUCAACCCAGUUCACCUAGCAGCCAGGGAUAUCAACCAGGUCCACCACGUGUCCAGGGAUAUCAACCAGGUCCGCCCAGUGGCCAGGGUUAUCAACAAGGUCCGCCCGGUGGUCCGGGCUAUCAACCCGGUUCGUCUGGAAACCAAGGCUAUCAACCAGGCCCACAAGGCAGCCAGGGCUAUCAAUCGGGUCCGCCUAGUGGCCCAGGUUAUCAGUCCGGUCCGCCUGGCGCCCAGGGUUAUCAGUCCGGUCCGCCUGGCGGUCCGGCAUAUCAGGCCGGUCCUCCCCACAGCCCGAUGUAUCCGUCGGGCCAGCCCAGCAGCUCCACCCCUUAUUAUGGUGGUAAUCAAGGACCCCAAGGGGGCCCUCCGGGUGGCCUUUCAGGUGUCCCUCCGGGCUCCCCGGCAGGUGGCCAGGCUCCGUCCCAACGGAACUAUAGCUCCAACUAUCUAAAUGGAGGCCCUUCCGACCAAGGUAAUGGUGGUUAUCACCAGGGUGGUGGCGGCGGCAAUGGAGGACUUCCGGGCGGGCAACCUGGAGCUGCAGCUGCUUAUCAGGGAGGGAACCCGACGAACACUGCCAGAGACAUCCCCGGUAGAGACAUCUAAUAAAAUAGAGAUGAUUGAUUGGCACAUAAAGUUUGAAAAACCUGCAAUAUAACCUGUUUUGAGGUCCUUCUGCAUGUAAUUUAUUUGCUUGAAAUCCUGUGGCUUGGGAUGCUUUUAGGACAUUAAAAUUCUAUUUUAUCUCUGUAUGCUUUCAUAUUUUA